AUUAAAGAAUUUUGAAUUAUCGACAUACCCAGGCCUUCGCCAAGUUACUUCUAGGGAAGUGGGGCGGAAGAAGAAGGCCAUUAAUUGUUGGUGUCUUAAGUGUCGAAGGCAGCAAUAUUUUCAAGUGCAGACAAUUUUUUGUGACACGAAUGUCAGAUACUUUCAUGUUUGCGUGAGGCGUCCGUUUCCCCUAUGAAUCUAUGCAGCGCUCGUUUUCUGUUCUGCCAACAUUCAUCAAUAUUUGUCCUUUGAGCUAAAAUUACACAGAAUUUUUGCCACAAUUGGUAGGUGUUAUAGCUGAUUCAACAGAUAAAGCAAACCACUGGUGUUGACUGGAUUUUGACAUAGGAGUUUUAUCUUCAAAUUUACGAAAAUGUUUUGGCGUUUUAAUAAUAUGUGCACCACCAACAUUGACAAUCUCCUUAAUGAUGAGGAUGUUACAUUACAAAGGCUAAUGGAUGAAGAUGAUAUAAUACAAGAAUGCAAAAGCAGCAAUAGGAAGCUUGUUAAUUUCUUGGUGAAAUCUGAAGUGCUUCAUGAACUUGUUUGCUUGGUUACAAAGGAACCUUCAGCUCAGGCUGCAGAUGCUGUGCGUUUUAAAUACAACAACAUUGCAGCUGAAUUGCUUUCUUGUGACAUUUCCAUCAUCAAUGAUGCAAUUGUGAUGGAUGAGAGUCUUUUGACAGAAUUAUGCCAAUUCAUCUUUAAUGAACCUCCACUCAAUCCCCUUAUGGCCUCCUUUUUUAGUAAAACUAUGGCAGUUCUUGUGGGGAGAAAAGCUGAUAAGAUGCUUGAGUACCUGAAAACAAAGGAGGGGUUUCUUCCCCAGCUUUUGAAACAUUUAAGAACCUCAGCCAUAAUGGACUUAGUAUUGAAGUUGGUCACCUGUGUUGAAAAUAAAAACUCCAGAUUGGAAAUUGCUCAGUGGCUUUAUUCGGAGCAUUUUGUGGAAAAUUUACUUGGUCUGCUAUCUGAAAAAACUGAAACUGAUUUGCAUGGAAACGCUGCACAACUAUUAUGUGAUUUACUACGCUUGCUGCGUGAUAUGCAUGCUCAGAACGUAGCAAACGAGAUGAGCACGGAACAGGCUCAUCAAGGAGAAACAGUGGAAGUUGACCCUAUUCUUUGCGCGUUGGAAUCAAAAGCCAUGGUGGACCGCCUUUUGGAAAAUAUGUUAGGCAGUCAAAUAUGCGAAAGUUCUAUUGUUCAUGGAAUUACAGUUUUACUGACACUACUAGAAGUUCGCAGGCCUCCGCAAUUAUUGUCCAGCGAGCCAGAAGUUUAUGACCGUUUUCCUCCUGAUCCAGUUGUUACAGUUUGUAUUCGAAACACAGUGGAAGCUCUUAUUCCUCGAUUAAAAGAUUUCCAUCAGAUUCUUUCGCAGCCUCCCCAAGUGAAAAAUGAAAGUGAUGUUGCCAUAAGCGCGUGCAACAAACCAUUUGGUUUUGUGCGAUUACAAGUGACUCGCCUGUUGGCUGCAUUGAUUGCCACUGGAAGCUCCGAAGUGCAAAACGAACUUGCUUCUCUUCAUACUUUUCCUCUGCUUUUGGAUAUGAUGAUAGAGUUUAGUCACAAUAACUUUCUCCAUGCUCAAGUGGAGCGCUCUAUCCAGUACGUUUUGGGACUGGAGCCGAUUGAGCUGCUUCAACCGUCAACCCAGUUGACGGUUAGCGAUUGUUCUUUGCGAACAGAACUCACAACCCAAUCCGAGCAACCCACGAGUUCCACGCAUCGUCUCCUUUCUUACCUGAUGAUCGAUAUGUGCAUCGUUCGACGUAUAAUGGAUGCUUGGGAACUCAACGACCAACACGAGAAUCAGCAAGGGGGCCACAGGAAAGGUUAUAUGGGACAUUUAAUUCGAAUGGCAAAUUACGUAAUGGAUUUCGGAAAGCAAGGGAAAAACGCCAUCAGAAUUCAAGAAUUGAUGCAAGACCUUCCUGAGGAACUGAGAGUUCGGUGGAAUAACUUUGUAGAAAACAAAGUAGGUCCUGCCAUUCGCAACAACGAAAUCAUUCCGGUCACUUCUCAUAUGGUAGCGCCCCGUGUUAGUUCCGACGAAGAGGAAUCGGAUUUAAUUCGCUUACCAAAGGAUACGGCUGCGCAGGAGGUGUUUGCUGAAUAUCAGAUGGAAGUCAUGAGCAAGCACAUUGUCAACCAGUUUGGUUUUGCCGAUACACAAUUUAAUGAUAACGACGAUCAGUUGAGGCCACAGCCUGAAAUGCUGGCGAAUAUAGCUUUACCACAAGAAGGAGAUGAGCUUACGCAGCAAUCAGAGCUCUUCGAGCAGGUUUGCAAUGAACGGAUGCAUACGCGACCAAAAACGCUUGAUGAUGAGGCUGAUGCCGAAGACAACGAAACGUGGCUACAAAGCCGAAGACGAUCGAGUGAAAACGCAUCCACUGUCAGACCGGAUUUGGCUUCUGAUGAAGAGAAUACAAUUGCUGACGUUGCGAAUGACUCGAUGGACAUUGAUAGUUUGGAUCCCUGGGCGUCAGAUGGUGAUUCAGGUAUCCCAGUGGCAGCAGAUGCCGGAAAUCCUUGGGAAAGUGUCCCAACUUGUAGCGCAGGCGAAGAAGAAGAACAAAGUUGGGCGAAUUUUUCUAAAGCAGAUUUUGAUAACCCGGCUGGUACAACUCCUAUGGAAGUAUCUGAUUCCCCAAGCGCAGUUGCCACAGCUUCACUGCCAACAAAGUAUGACUAUAGUAAAAAUUUACCUGGAAUCUUCUUUUGAUGUGCACACAUAAUGGGAUAUAGGUUAAAAUGGAAGAAUGUUCCAGCAAAACCAACAGAAGCCUACCAACCAACGUUAAUAGAGCAAAUAGCCAACAUUGUCUCACAUGGGUCAUGUAUUUUGCCAGCUGUUUAUGCCACCUGGGCGUUGGUGCAACGCGCUGCUACCCCCACCCAAUUCUGGGCUGGUCUUAUUUAUGGAAUUGCCUUGAUCUUGCUGUUCACGGUCUCGGCUGCAUUCCAUACAACCUGUUGCCUGUGCAACAACAGCAAAAUUCGUGAAGUCUUGCAUCGGGGAGACCGAGCUAUGAUAUAUAUCUUCAUUGCCUCAUCAUACUUCCCGUGGUUAUCUCUAGUGCCAAAUCUUAACGUUACUGCGGAAAUGAGCAACAAAUCGUCUUCCUCGCUUCUUCCAACGAUUCUUUCUUGGUUUGGAGUCAGCUCUCUUGUAGCUGCGGAUUUGCGAUGGCUCGUUUGGUUUCUGGCAGCUAUGGGUAUUCUUUACCAGCAGAUCUUUCACGAAAAAUACAAAUGGUUGGAAACGUUAAUCUACGUCCUUAUAGGACUCUUGCCCUCCUUGCCUUUCGUCCAUGGCGACGAAUUUCAAGGAGUAUGGGAAUUAAAACUAGGAGGGGCCUGUUAUAUUAUAGGUCUUAUAUUCUUCAAAGCUGACGGACGGAUUCCAUUGGCGCAUGCCAUUUGGCAUAUUCAUGUCGCUCUUGGUGCGUCUAUCCACUACUACGCAGUGUUCUCGUAUCUUAUUGGCUAAUCCCGUUUGACGUGAAAAUUUUCGAUUGUACAGGUAAUCAGCCGCCAGGAAUUGGUUUCUGAGUGUACAUUGGUGUGUAUUAGUCGCACAUUCUUCGAAAGUUGUAUUAACUAUGAAAUAGUUGCAGGCUUCAAACAAUGGUUUGGCAAUUAGGUGACUUAAAGUUUCGAAAAGCAUUGUCUGGCAAUCGGAUGAGACGACUGUUUUGCAUGGGUUCUAUUAAUUUUGUUUGAUUGCAACGUAUUACCCUCCACCUCCAUAUAAGGUAUUCGUUUUAGUAUUAAUUUACGAUUUUCAUCCCGUUUUUUACUCUGUUAGUUGGUUUCCAGUUGGUACCUUCUUUUUCUAUUAGAAUGCGUCCGAUGUUAGUUGAAUCAGUUUAGUUCAUUAACAAAUAUCAUGUUUAUUGUGAGUUAGUAUAAUAUCUGGAAAAUUAAGAUAGACCAUUGGUUUAUUUAUCUUUUAUGGUGGUUUAUUUGUCCAUUGAAAGUUUAGUAAACUAGCGCUGCCUGAUCUCUGCUUAAACGGUGACAGUCAAUAGAACAUGAUCCCCCUUUUACCUUCCAAAUAUAAAUAGAUCAAUAUUAAGUGUGGAUUUUGUAAACUAGAAGAUGAUAAUUGUCAUACACUUGAAAGGCUGAUUAGUUAUAGCGCUUUCUUUCGGCUAGUGUUCCCUAAGAUGUAUCUUCUUUUUGGGUUUGUUACAAAUAAGGAUAAAGAGAUGUAUGGCAAUCCGUUUUACCCCCCCCCCCCCAAAAAAAAAAAAUUCGGCCUUUUUUUUUCUUUUUACAGCUAUGGUCAUCUAUCGGCCAGAUUCCUAUUUAAUUUUCUAAAUACAACUUUACGCAUUCUA